AUGAUAAAUGGCUACACAGAUAACGGGGAACCCGAUGCAGGUUUGUUGUUAUACGACCAGAUGAAAGAUCUGGGGUUAACUCCAAACAAUGAGACUUUCCGAUUACUUUUUUCAGCAUGUGCCAGUGUUAAUUCAAUUCAAGAAUGCUUCAAACACUUCAAAUCAAUGAAGAACGACUACAAUCUAGAUCCAGAAAUUGAUCAUUAUUUUGGGGUUAUUAAUGUUUUGGGGAAAUCUGGGCAUCUAAAUGAAGCUUUUGAGUUCAUCGAAAACAUUCCUUUUGAACCUACAUUUGAAAUAUGGGAAUCAUUGAUGAAUUCUGCUCGAAUCCAUGGUGAUAUCGAGCUCAAAGAUCGAGCCAUGGAAUUUCUUCAACCAUCAAUCGCAUUACACAAACUUCAUUUACUUAAUCAAUCUGCAAGUAAUAUGCUUGAAGGGAAGAAGAACAAAAUCUAUGAAUACCGAAAUCGAGGGCGGUGGCCUUGA